AUGCCGCCGCGAUUAGGCGUGAAGCCGCCGUCGACGCGGUCAAAGACGGGCUGUGUGCCCUGUCGCAAGCGCAAAGUCAAGUGCGACGAGGAGAAGCCGCACUGUGCGCGCUGCGUGCGCCUGUUCCUGAGAUGCGCAUGGCUCCCCACCGCGAAGGAAGAGACGGCGAUCCAGCAUCCACCGUCAGCGUCAAUAGGCCCCCUUGCUAUCACCCUGACCAAGCACCCUGGCAGCGCGACCGACUUGUUCAUAUCUGAAUUCCCUGCUGCGACUACGUUCUCCGUCCCCUAUUUAAAGCACUUCAUCUCUUUCUGUACCAAGUUCUUGACAUACCCCAAUGACGCCGAACAGAACCCGUUUCAGCGGGAUCUCGUGCCGCUGGCUUCGCAGUCGCUGGCCUUGUAUCACGCCAUGGCUGCCCUCGCAGCGGGACACAUGGCGAGAGGGCAGCCAAGGCAUACCAUGGCUGCGAUGCGCCACUAUACACGGGCGUUGAAAGCGCUGAAUGAUACCCUGAGCGACACGCAUGCGGCGAAGAGUAAUGCGGUGCUAGGCGCGUGUUUACUCCUUUGCGUUUACGAGAUAUCUCACUCAGAUGAAAGCCUCUGGUUGCGCCACCUACAAGGUGCCCGCGACCUCAUUCUCUACCGCGGCGGACCGCUGGACCAGAACUUCCUCGUUCGCUUCUUCUCCCUGCUCGACGUAUCCGCCUCCCUCCUCACCAGCCAGGGGACGCUGAUCCCCGGAAACUACUGGCUAGAGUCCAGCUCGUCCGGCUCUUCCGCGCCGAGAAACUGGCCCUAUUACGACGACGGCGUCAUGGUAGACAACUUCCACGCACUAAUGGCAUACAUGGCGCAGCUGUCGAACUUAAGCAAACUCUCCAUGACCGCGGCGGGGAAAAACGACCCCGACAUGAUCCGCCACCUAGCCGACGACAUCCACACCGAGCUGCUGACGUGGUGGGACGCACGCCCGCCCGAAAUCCGCCACCAGUCCAACAGCUGGCGCACGAUGCCGCGCGCGCGCCCGCUCACCGUGGCCCAGAAGCUGGAGGAGGAGAGCUUCAGCAGCACCCGGAGCGUCGUGAACGGCUGCAUCAUCUACCUGCACCACAUCGUCGAUCCGCUGGGCCGGCACCCGCAGGAGCAGGAAGUCGCCGAUGCCAUCAAAGUCAUUCUCGACAUUGUGCGCGAGACGCCCGAGGGCCAUGGCCUGGAGAUGGGCUUGUUCUUUGGGCUGUUUAUGACUGGCGUGGCUAUCUUUGACGACCCGGAUAGCGAGGACUUGAUCCGAGGGAAGAUGACUAGUCGCAGGAAUAUCACUAUCUAUCAUGCAGAUAACGGGGUAGUGUUGCUAGAGGCGCUGUGGAGGAAGCAGAGAGAAGAUGGGCGGAAGUACGACUGGAGAGAAGUCCAGAAGGAGAUGGGGCUGCAAGUAUUCAUACUUACAUGA